CCUAUGGGACUGAUGUUUUGAUUCCACUGUCCCUUUACUGUUGGAAACUCUAAUGCUAGAGUCUAGGAGUGUAAAAACCACAGGAAAGUGUGACACAACUGUUUCCUCAGCCACAUCUCCCCUUUCAGUUAAUUCACACCCUAGUAUGAUUAGCCCACCUCCCACCUCUGCCCCCAACACCCCACCAAGGUCUUCCAGGAAACCAGUUGUCUCCAACUGUGGAGAACCUGUGCAGAACCUGCAACAACAGUGUAAACCACUAACUAGAACACGAGGGUAGACAUCCCCCAGAGCAGCCAGCAAGUAAAGACUUCAGCAGAGCCCUCCCCCACCACACUGGAGGAGAGGAGCCAAUCUGAGGGGAGGGGAAGCCACUCAGGAAGGGAGGGUGUGAAAAGAGUCAGACCAGACACCACGACUGAAGCUUCAGAAAAUCCUUGGACAAAGCCACUGCUUACUGGCGGCUUCUCUGGCUCAGAGGACCAGGAGUCCAGGUACAUGGCCUUUUCCUUUUUCUAAGAGCCAACAGUCUGGAUCAUCUCUGUCUUUGUCCUAAGAAGUGGAAACCCAGAGCUGUGUCCAUGGAGCCCUGUCGGUCCCUGGCCCUGCUUGCUGGCUCUCUGGGCCUGAUUUCUUCUCUGAUAGCUCUGAGCACUGACUUCUGGAUAGUAGCCACCGGCCACAACUUCUCUGCCCACUCUGGCCUCUGGCCAACGAGCCAAGGGAUUCAAGUAGCAGGUUAUAUCCAUGUGACACAGAGCUUCUGUAUCCUGGCUGCCCUGUGGGCCCUGGUGUCCGUGAGCUUCCUGGUUCUGUCUUGCAUCCCGGCCCUGUCUGCUCCCGGCCGUGGCCCUUUGGUCUCAACUGUCAUGGCUUUUGCUGCAGCUGUCUCCAUAUUAGUGGCCAUGGCAGUGUAUACCAGUACGAGAUGGAGCCAGAGUCCAUCUCCCCAGGUCCAGACUUUCUUCUCCUGGUCCUUCUACCUAGGCUGGAUCUCCUUCAUCCUCUUCCUCUUUGCAGGCUGCCUGAGUCUGGGCGCUCACUGUAGAACUCAUCGGGCUGAGUAUGAAACCUUGUGAACAGAAGCCAAGGACGGCAGGGACAACAGGAUGUUUGGAGCUACAAAAGGAAUGAAGAAUUCUGUCUCUGUCCCACCUUGCCUUAUCCUUCAUUGGUUUCUUCAUACACUCAAUAAAAAAAAAAAAAAAA